AUGGAGACCAAAAGAUACCAAAGUUUCUUUGAUGGGAAUGGGUCAGAGAACAAAUGGUCCCAGGUCCCCGGCACUAUGGAGUACUGCUGCAGCACGGAGGACUCAGAUCUGACUAACAAUGAUAUCCUGAUGGACAUAGUCAAUGUCGGCUGCCCUGCUGGAAGCCUGGCCACUGACUGCAAAGACAACAAUACAAAGAAGCAGGAGCAGCCAGCACUUCGGCUCAGCCAGAACCAGCCAUUUGUUCUCCCACACUUCAACAACUCUCUCCAUGGUCAUAAGCAGGAAAUGGACUCCAAGGAGCUUUCCAAGACGGUAGCUGAGUCUAUGGGCCUGUACAUGAAUGCUGCCAGGGAGGCAGACUUUGCAUUUAGCCAGCAUGGGGGCAGUAACAGUCCUGGAAAGCUGUAUCCAGUAUGUGGAAGACCCCUGGAGGAAAACCAGGGCGGUCCCACAAAGAGUCCCAACCUAAAACCGUUUAGUUUCCAACAGCCGAGCAGCACUCCCAGAGAAUGCACCUCCGGUACUCCAGUGAGCUCAGCAUCCAUGCUGGCUUCCUCUCUGUCUUGCAGUCCGCACACCUCCAGCUCCAUUUCCAGCCCUGGAGGCAGUAACAAUAUGGUGUCAUCUACCACCAGUCCACCGGCGUGCUUUGGACCACUAUGCUCAUCCGUCAGUAGUCCUGUCAGCCAGACUUCGUGUGCUGCAACUCUAGCCAACAUCAAGCGCAGGAAUUCAGUCACAUGUAGCCCUGCUGAAUCCAGCACAGUGGGCUCGCCACCGCUCACCAGCCCACUCAAUGUCAUGAGGUCCCCCAUGUCCAGCCCUCAGAGCAUGAGUAGUGUGAGAUCCCCUCCGUCCUGCAGCACCACAUGUAACAUUAGGUCAUCUGUCUCAAGCCCCACUGGUGGCAGCUGCGCUGGCACGACCAACAACUGCAACACAAUAAGGCCCUCCAUCUCCAGCCCUGCCACAGGGGGCACUUUGGCUGUCAGCAGCCCACAGAACCCCUCCUCCGUUGGCUUUCCAGUGUCCAGCCCAGCUGGUGGACUGGGCUUGGUACAGAAUGACACCAACAGCCCAGAAGCCGCGGGGCUGACCACAGACACAGAUUUCAAGAACUUUGAGUUUCCUAAAGUGGAGAUGGUGGAUGGAGAGGUUUUUAACGUUGGCCUGGACCAGAUGGGCAUGGUGAAGUACAUUAAGAACGAACCUGGGACUGACUUCAGGAGCAUGUGUUUAGGCAGUUCCAAAUGUAAUGCGAGCAGCACGCCCUUUAUUACACAGAUAAAGAGUGAGCCAAACAAAAGCGAGGGAUGUAUGAAUCAACAAUCCUAUGGUGAGCAGUCACCAUCUCUUGGUCUCUUCACUGGGUCUGAGACCACCUAUCUGUCUCUGAGGAAUAACAUUGAUGAAUACAGUCUUUCUGGUAUCUUAGGACCCCCUGUCUCCUCUAUCAAUGGGAACUACGAGUCCGAUGUGUUCUCCAACAAUGUACUGUCUAAGGGGGUUAAGCAGGAGACCAAUGAUGGCAGCUAUUACCAAGAAAAUAACAGCAUGUCUACAUCCGCCAUUGUUGGAGUUAAUUCUGGUGGACAUUCAUUCCAUUACCAGAUUGGAGCGCAAGGAACAAUGUCUUUCACGCGGCAUGAUGUGAGGGACCAGUCCAACCCUUUGUUGAAUCUAAUUUCACCCGUAACGGCGUUAAUGGAAUCGUGGAAAUCUCGGCCAGGCAUGGCACAGGGGUCGCUGUCAGCCAGAGGUGAGGGAUACCAUGGUCCGACCUGCAUCAGCGACAGCAUGUCAAGUUCGCCAUUAAGACAACCGUCCUCUACGGCCAAGGUGUGCCUGGUGUGCGGAGACGAGGCGUCGGGGUGUCACUACGGCGUGGUGACGUGUGGGAGCUGCAAAGUCUUCUUCAAAAGAGCCGUGGAAGGUCAGCACAACUACCUGUGCGCCGGGAGAAACGACUGCAUCAUCGACAAGAUCCGUAGGAAAAACUGUCCGGCGUGUCGUGUACGGAAGUGUCUCCAGGCGGGGAUGAACCUGGGAGCGCGAAAGUCUAAGAAGCUGAAGCUUAAGGGAGUCAGCGAAGACCUGCAGAGCUCUAAGGACGGCCAAACAGCCACAGGUGGCGUUGGAGGCGGCUACCUGUCCUCGGAGAAGGAGCUGAAUGCCAGCGCUGCCAAUGCCCUGGUGCCCCACGGGCCCGGGGUGGUCACACCUUUUCUGCCGCCGUCCAUCUGCAGCGUGUUGGAGCUGAUUGAGCCCGAAGAGGUGUACUCCGGCUAUGACAACUCACAGCCUGACACCACCGACCACCUGCUGUCCAGUCUCAACCGCCUGGCUGGGAAGCAGAUGGUACGGAUGGUGAAGUGGGCCAAAGUACUUCCAGGUUUCCGAGGCCUGCCUAUUGAGGACCAAAUCACCCUGAUCCAGUACUCGUGGAUGUGUCUGGCCUCCUUUUGCCUCAGCUGGCGCUCCUACAAACACACCAACGGACAGAUGCUCUACUUUGCCCCUGACCUCAUCUUCAAUGAGGAGCGCAUGCAGCAGUCGGCCAUGUACGACCUGUGUCUGGGCAUGAGGCAAGUGAGCCAGGAGUUUGUGCGAUUGCAGCUAACCUACGAUGAGUUUCUCUCCAUGAAGGUCCUUCUGCUCCUCAGCACAGUUCCCAAAGAGGGUCUGAAGAACCAGGCGGCCUUCGAAGAGAUGAGGGUUAAUUACAUCAAGGAGCUCCGGCGUUCGGUGGGAAAAGCAACCAACAACUCCGGCCAAACCUGGCAGCGCUUCUUCCAGCUCACCAAGCUGCUGGAUGCCAUGCAUGAUCUGGUGGGGAACCUGUUGGACUUCUGUUUCUACACCUUUCGUGAGUCCCAAUCCCUGAAGGUGGAGUUUCCCGAAAUGUUGGUGGAGAUCAUCAGCGACCAGAUACCAAAGGUGGAGUCAGGCCUCACUCACACAAUCUACUUCCACAAGAAGUGACUCGCCACACGCAGCUGGGAGAGAAGCGGCAUUACGGACUGGAAACGGAGGACAAAGAGGAAAGAGUGCGAGGAGGGCCCCACGUGUAGGCCUGCACCCAGUCGCCCAGCCUGCCGGCGUCCUCGCCUGCGAGGAGGAGGCUAAGUGACGUGGUGACAGAUGCAGAAAGGAAAAAAAAAUAAAAUAAAUAAAUAAAUGAAAAUAAAAAUGGGAGCAGGAUUUCACCCUGCAGUCACCACCAGUGGUUCAGAGCUGUGAAUAAUUUGAGGAGCAGAGCAUGACGCGGCGGGAAGGACAUGUGACAAAUGUGACAAAGCAUCCCGGAGUAACACCCCCACCCCCUCGCCCCACCCCACCCCCUCCCCGCCCCAAAGACAAUACCAGUAUUUUCUAUGGAGAUAAAGCCAUACAUUUCUUAGGAUGCGAUAGAUACGAGUACAUUCACACCACAUACACACAGACACACAUGCACACACACGUAGAGGGAAAUUGCUCCACUUACUGUCCACAUGCCUUCACAUAGACAGAGAGACAGAGAGGCACAGAUGCACUCCACAUGCACUAAAAUGAGAUUCCCUUUCAAAUCUAGAGAAGAGGUUUUUUGCAAAUAUUUACUCUGGCUUAUGCAGUCUUUCACAAAUAAUAGCACUAUUAAAAAAGAAAAAAAAAAAAAAUCAUGCCAAUACUUAGAUUUGCUUUGCAGAGUAGCAACAAGACUACAAGGCAAAGGACACUAGAAGGAGGCACAGAAUGUUUAGACAGUAUGGCGAAAGGUCUAUUUGAACAUAUUCAAGGGCUAUACAAGCGUCAUCAUAAGCUGAGUAAUUACAUUAGAUUUAACAGCUGAGUUUCAAUCUUGAUCGGUGUCAUAACAGCCAUCAUUGACAUUUACAUACUGAGUUUUUUAAAGUUUAAAAAUGUGUAGUAAAACAAUCAAAACUAAUAUGCAAAAGUCCAAAGCUAAAGUUGUUAUGAAAUAAAAAAAAAAGGUUUCCUCUGUGUAAAGACGGCUCCCGUGGCAUAAAGUCACUAUUUUGCAGGCAUUGUGGUGUAGAAUUGAGACAAUAUCAAUGAGAGAUUUUACUUUUUGUGCUGAAACGGUCAGGAGUGCUGCAGGAUGGAAAACAUAAUGCAUUUACGGAAACAAUUUUAGUAGAGUCCGCUGGUAAUGGAUUUGACUGAGGUGCAUCCAUAGUAAUUGCUGUCAUUUGUGUUAUCUCCAGAGCAGCUGUCCAAAUGUCUGUUUUUACUCACAAUGAAGAAAAACCAGCCCUUUGUGAACCAACACUUAUCUACUCUUCCCAGAAAUAAUAAAAAGCAUUUUAUAAAAGUGUGUUGCAAAGGUUUAGUUUUUGACAAGCCAGUCACUUUACAUUAAGGUGCUUCAUUUCUACAAAGCCAGGCAGAGCAUAACAUGUACAGUAAGCCGUAGACGGUCCGCGCACUACACAGAUGUGGACGCAAAGUUUAACACACACACAUUACUCUGUAAAAUUGAUAUAAUCCAAAUCGGAGCUUACAGCAAACAGCAAAUGUAUCAAAACCAUGCAGAUGUGUACAGGUAUUAACAACUUCUUAAACACACUCAUCUAUUCAGCUGUUGUACAGAAGAUGUUUUGAGGUACACGUUGAUGAGGAACAGGUUAUCGCGUUGGUAUGAUCACCUUUCGUUUUUCUUCUUCUAUCCUUGGGCCAAUUUACUACGAUUCUGAGUAUGGCGGGCCCAGUUGUCUGGACCAUUAACUUCUCUCACGCCCCACUGGUUCCUGGGUGGCUGUAGAAAACUAUUAAGAUGCUACUGAAAAGCAAGUUGCUGGGAAAGAAAAAAAAAAAAACAGUGGCUGCACGGGGGUGUGUGCGCGCGUGUGAUUACUAUUCUUUUUUUUUUUUGUGCCCUGUAAGUGUGUAUUUACAUGUGUGUAUGGAGUGAGUAUGGCUUAAGUUUGUGCGUGUGUCUCUGUGUGUAUGUGUGUGUGUGUGUGUUUUCCCCUGGCAAGCAUGUGCAUAGUUGAUCUGCUCUUUGAGUGUGGGUAUUAUGCAUUUAUGUUAUAGGAUUAGAAAUAUCCUAUUUCCACAUUUAGAUUUGCACAGAGGAGAUACAAUGUGAAAUGAGGCAUUAGUGCAGCUAAGCAAGAAUUGUCUGUUUCGAUAAGCAAAUGUGAUAAUGCGGGGGGGAAAAGCCUUUUCUGCGUGGUCACCCAAACUAAAGUUAGACGACACGACAUCGCCGGCACAGCGCGGUGGCUGCGUACUGUAUUUGUUUGUAAUGACGACGCUGUGCGACGCUCUGAGGUCUCUUUCAGUGGUGGGAAUCGUCAGAGGAUUGCCACACAAAGUGUUGGAUCCCAAACGCCACUCAAAAAUGAUCCAUCAGCAGAAGGUUUGCUGAGGGAGGAGCUUGUGUAUGGAUAAUUUCACUUUUGCAUCGUUCAAACUCUCUAUUUAUUUAAUUAUUCGCGGGUAAAAAAAAAAAUGAAGUUGGUGCAUGGUUAAUUGAUUUAUGCACUGUAAAUCCAUGAAACUCCCCAACACAGUGAUUUUGUACAUUACCAAUCAGAAAGGCCUCAUUUUACAAAAAGAUUGUUUGUUACCCUCAAGCUAAUCUCUCACUUUUUUUUUUUUUUUUUGCCCCAAUUACGUCCAUCAAAGAGGAAAAAAAACUGUUUAAAGGUUAAUAGGAUGAAUGGGAAAGUAUUUUUGAGAGAACUAUAUUUUGCUGGAAAACAAUAUUUAAGUACUUUGUCUAAAAAUGAAAAUGAUAUCCUUUUUGUAAAAUGAAAUGUUAUUGCAUGCUUUUUGAUGAGAUGUUUACAUUGUAUUUAAAAAAAAAAAGGGAAACUUGUGCCUUUUUAUCUCACCUGAUUUACAAUUUUACAGUAUAUAUUGUACAUAUUACAGCAAGUCCUUAUGUUGAGUAUAGUAUAAAACAUUUCUACUUUAACCAUCUUGUUGGAAUCUUGGACAAAAACAGUGUGUUUCCCACUCGCCAUGUUCUGUGUGUUGGAUCACAGAGGAGAAUUUACAGUGCGUGCUGGCACCGGGACGGGCCACGUAGAGUCCUGAAUGUAUCAUACAUCGUGAGAGACUUAUGGAACUUACUACCUGAAUGUUAGAGAAAGUACAUUUAUUAUCUUCUUUUCAAGUAAAAUUAUUUGAUUUUGCAUCGGUUUAUUUUUUGUUUUUACUUUUUUUUUUUUUCAUCAUUGUUCACAUGGCUCAAAGGAAAAAAAAAAACAAUUGAAAAGUAUUUCUUAUUUUGUAAAAGAUGUUUUAAGUGAUGGAUCCUUGUUGCUGUUUGAAAUGAUUUUCUAACCCAUGGAGGUAUUUGUUGAGCACCACAAUAAAAUCAAGAAGUCACAAACUAUGGACCGUGGGACACGUGGAGGAGAGUUCUUGACUUAUGAAGCUUGAGAACACAAACUUUGUGCACACACUAUUUCAUUUGAGACGAUGGAAGUGGAGGAGGGGGGGCGCAAACAUGACGGCUGACUGAGUCAAACUGCCACAGCAAAACUGAAGUUUGUUUAGUUAGAAAAAUCAUUUUACAACAACAAAAGUAACAAAUUUGACCUGAGGAGCGAUUUGAUCUUUUAGGAUUCAGUUCGGAGGCCUUCGUCCGACUUUAUGGCCCUCCAGCAAUAUAAGCUCUGACUUUUGGCUUUUCCUUUUGGCAAUAUGAAGGUGCAGUUUGGCCGUCUUUUUGGGAAAUAUACAUUCUUCUUCUUUUUUUGCCCAGAGUUAGAUGAGACAAUCGAUACCACUCAAGUCACUUGAGGCAGAGUCUGUUGGGGCUGAAAACCACAAGUUUGAGCGUAAAGAAACAAACCUGGUGGUGUGGAGUCGGACAGAGGGGGGCUCAACAGACCUCAGUGCAGCUUUAGGCUACAUCAGCCUGCACCGAAGCUACAUGCCGGAAUGUCCAGCUGCACCGCCAAGCUGCAGCGUGGCUAAAAAUGUCGGUUGUUGGAAAUAAAACUGUAAAACUGGAGGAGUUCUGCGUUAAUGGACAGAUCAGAGAGCGGUAUCGGCCUUCUCAUCUCACUCCAAAGCACAAAGCAAAUUUCCCAAAGUGUCGAAGCAAUCCUUUGGAGGAGCAAGAUUAAUGUAGUGUUUAUUUAAUAGUCAUCAAUCACCACCUACAGCAAACACUUAAAUAUAUAUAUAAGAAAAACCUCUCCUUGCACUCCUGGGAGCAGCGAUCGCUUCAAAGCUGCCUGCUUCUAAAUUAACUCUUUUUUCCAGUACGGAUGACUCAGAAUUGGUCUCACUGCUGUUUCACAGUACACUAUUGCGUCACUGUAUGUAGAGUCACGUCAUUGCCAUUUCCUUCUUUCGCAGAACUGAAUCGGGUGCAAAAAGACCAAGCCAUAUCUCCACAGCCAUGGCAGCGCGUUUGUUAUUAAUAUAUAAAUACAUGCUCUUUUUUUUUUUUUUUUCAACUCCAAAACUGACUUUUUAACUCAGAUGCUUUGUACAAUAUUUCUCGGCAAUUAUCCAGCAAACAGUAGAAAUCCUUCACC